CCAAUGUCACAGCUGAAGGUGGCCGCGACGACUAGCCUCGACUAAUAUCGGCCGUGGCUGCUAUCGAUACCUGGGCUAUACAUGGUCACCGCCGGCCUGCCUCUCAUUUUUCGUUCAUCUUCCUGCAGGCCGCCACGCGUUCCGCGACUCCUCGACGCGCUCGCUAGUAAACAGACGCAUGUCGCCGUCGCUCGCCGGGUAAAGCGCGGUCCGAACCGCAUCCGGGGCACGCUGGGGCAGAUCCAGGGCUACAGGGCAGACAGGGCAGACAGGCACACCGGGCAGACCGGCAGACAGGGCAGCAAACAUGGCCGGCCAGGCGCUGCCGACGCGGUUCCCGUGCUGGUGCAAGGCGGUGUACUCGUGGGGCGGAGAGACCAAGCGCGAUCUCGGCUUCAUCGAAGGCGACCUGAUCGAGGUGCUCAACGCCGGCGACGGCUCGUGGUGGAUGGGGCGGCUGAAGCGCGACCGGCGCAUGGUCGGGCUGUUCCCGAGCAACUUCGUCGAGCUGCUCAGCGAGGACUACCAGCCGUGGAACGCGGGCCGCAACGGCAGCGCGGAGACGGUAUCGCGCCAGAACAGCGCGCAGGCGCCCGCGAAGCCCGUGCCGCAGAAGCAGAAGAGCAUGUUCCGGAAGCCCUUCACGGCCUAUGCAGCCGCAGGCGCCCCGAACCCAGCCGCCGCCGCGCGUGAGCGGCUGCGCCAGGGCGCGACGCCCCAGGCCGCGAAGACGACCAAGCCCUUCUCGUCCAUGAAGCGCGACUCGAUGGAGAGCCGCGACAGCGCGUCGCCCGCCCCCGCGCCCGCCUCGCGCGCCCCGUCGCAUCUGCGCGCCGUCUCGCCGCGGCCCGCCACGAAGCGCCCAGCAACCUCGCCCGCGAACGCCAACUACCGCGCCUACGACCGGGGGCCGUCGCCGUCGCCGCACGCGCACUCGCGCUCCAUCUCGCCCGCGCCCCCGUCCCGGCACGGCUCGUACGCGCGAGGGCCCUCUCCUGCGCCGCCUGCGCAGUAUCAGUAUCAGCAGAGGGCUGUGUCGCCGGCUCCGCCCCCACAGCAGCAGUAUCACAGGGCCGUGUCUCCUGCACCGCCGCCGCAGGGGUAUCAUCGUGCAGUCUCGCCCGCACCACCCCCACAGGGAUAUCACCGAGCACGAGAGGCGUCCCCUGCGCCGUCCUUCCAGCAACAGCCUCACUCGCGAGCGGUGUCGCCUGCUCCCUCAUUCGGGCAACACGAUCGGGCUGUAUCUCCAGCACCUUCGUUCCAGUACCGUGCCUACGACCGCGGUCCCUCGCCAUCUCCAUACCAACAACAGCUGGAGAGUCGCAGUCCCUCGCCCGCGCCGCCGCAGUUCCAGAAUCAGUACGAUGAUGAUGAAGACGAAGGCCCCCCUCCACCACCGCCGCCGCAUCGCGUCGCAUACGAUCCGAACCGAGCCGUCUCGCCUGCGCCGCCCCCACAAGACCGCUUCACAACCCCCGAACCAUCCGCACAGGCCCCCCAGAAAUUCACUCCUUCGCCGCUCACGAACGCCAUGAACGAUGUCAUGUCCUCGCUGCAAGACAUGGCCUCGCCGGAAGUAGAGACACCCUCGAAUCCCUGGGCCCCUGACGCUCUCGACCAGGUGCAUCAAGCUUCAGCAAGAAUGGCUGGUCUGCAGACCGGGCACAGGAGUAAUAGUCGCAUGGAUGACGACGACGACGAGCCCGUGCAGGGUCCGCCAGACGUGGACGAGUACGUCAAGCGCAUGGAAAGCCGCCUACGCCGGAUGCACCAGAUGGAAGCCAGCAAGAAGAAGAGGAAGGACGGCUACUCUACAGGCGGGAAAAGCACGCCCCCUCCAGUGCCAGCUAAGAACUCGCCAUACGAGAGGCCAGGGCCAUCGCUCAUCAAGGAUGCUGGGGAUGUCGAGCGCAGGGAGUCGAAGUUGCUGCGCCACCGCAAGUCGGUGCACGAGAUUGGGAAGAGUCUGGGCCGGACGUUUACAAGCAAGACCAAUUCGACCGUUGCGACAGAGAGCACGAACCGCAGCUUGAUGUCUGGGUACUCCGCCACGGCCAUGAGCUCCACUAGCGCUGGCAGCUACUACCGCAAGAAGGCCGCCAACGACAGAUCCCGCAGCGCGGUGGGCAAUCGCUCGCCUGGCAAGGGUUUUGGCUUCGAUGACGGACGACCAGAGACUCCCUUCACUGGCGUGACGUAUCACUCGAGCCAUGCUUCUCACUCUCAAUCUCGGCCCGGUUCGAGCGAUCAGCAACAGCAGUCCACGCAACCCAGCACGCCUGGACCAGAGAACCCCGACCCGCUCGGUGGUCUUACGCAGCCCAAGGCCAGGCGCAGUGGCUUCUUCCGCAAGAUGAUCGACUCCGCCAAGACGCAGGCUGCCAACGCUCGCAGUACCAUGGAGACCAUCAGCAGGCCAGCAUCGCGCGCUGCUAGUCGUGCUGCAAGCCGUGCUGCCAGCAGGACAGGAGCACGCAUAGAUCGUAUGGAUACUGGCACUCCAGCUGGCUUUGCUGGUGGCUCUGCUGCGCAUCAGUCGACGCCGAGCAGAGACGGCGGUCUUGGAACGACCGACUGGGUUCAAGUGCGCCGAGACGUCAACCGCUCCAACUCGUUGAGCAAGAACGAGCGCAUGGAAAGAGUUGAGCGCUGCCAGAUGAUGGACUACCCUGCCCUGAACCCUGUCGACAUCCUCAAUGAGUCGGUUGAAGGCGACGAGGGUCUCGAUGGCCUGCCAAUCGCCGAGCCUAUCGACUUUGCGUCAUGCAACUUGGCCCACGUCGACAAGGGGACCAGGUUUAUUAAUAGCAUCCCUAUGGGGACGACCUCCGCCGCCCUGGCGCAGGGCUACGUCUGCAGACCAUUCAGGAGCGACGUCCAGCGUCUGCGGGCCAUCUUCACCUGGGUCAGCGAACGCAUCGCCUGGGAGGAGGACUUUGAAGGCGAGAUGGACACUCGCCACGUCCUCCAGAGCAAACGCGGAUGCUCGCAGGAGAUUGCGAUGGUGGUUGCCGAGAUGUGUGCGUCUGUCGGUCUCCACGCGGAGGUUGUCCGCGGUUACUUGAAGACUCCUGGAGAGCCUCUGGAUCUGGAGAGCGUGGCUCGACCGAACCACUCCUGGAACGCAGUCAUCGUCGACGGCGAAUGGCGGGUGAUCGAUUGCUCUCUCGCAGGACCCACAAACCCGAAGCGUGUGCACUUCUCGACCGCUGGCCCCCAGGUCGCCGAAAGCUGGUACUUCCUCGCCCGCCCUCUCGAGAUCUGCUACUCGCACGUUCCGCUUCUCCCCGAACAGCAGCACAUCGUCCCGCCCCAGCCUCAUGACAUCCUCAUGGCUCUACCGUGUGCCACGCCUACCUACUUCAAGCAUGGUCUGAGCGUUGUCGACUUCGACACCAGCAUGCUCAAUCUCGACAACCUUGAGAUGGCGCACGUAUACGUGAAUGUUCCUGAGAGCGUCGAGUGCUUUGCUGAGGUAGAAGCUCGAGCAUACUCGCAGGACGCGGAUGGUGACUACUUCGAGAGCGGCGACUUUGUGCGGAAGCCAGCGCUUGCGCAGGCUGAAUGGGUUGGAGGCCAGAAGCGGUACACGGUCAAGGCGUUGCUGCCCGGAGACGAGGGUCAAGGUGUGCUCAAGAUCUACGCCGGGCCCCGCGGACUUAUGCACUCCAACAAGCAAAACCCGCACUCUCUCGCCAUCGGCCUCCCCAUCACGCACACCGGCAGCAAUCCCCCCUACUCAUUCUUGACACUCCACCCCACACCCCACGCGCAGCGCAACGACCUCUACAUCGCGCAGCCGCAGUGCUCCAACCUCGUCCUCAACAACACCUUCGUCUUCUGCGUGCGCCAGCACCCCGCCUCGACGACCCGCACUGAGCCCGAGACCUCGCUCGCGGGCCGCGCUUCGCCCAACCCCUUUGCCCGCCCCGCCUCCGCCAUGAGCAUGCAGUCCAUCUCGGCCUCGGGCAGCAACUACACCAACCCAUCGCAAGCGUCGUCCGGCUCCAACGGCAGCAGCGCCAUGAAGCCCGCCAAACUCGCCAUCCAGACGCCCUCGGGCAAGAUCAUCCGCCUGACGCGCAAGACAGAGCAUGUCAGCGUGCUGACGGAUGCGGACGGCACCGCGUGGGAGACGGUGAUUAAGAUCGGCGAGAAGGGCACGUGGAGGUGUCUUGUCCUCGCGGAUCGCAGCGCGAGGUGGUGCGUGUUUGCCGAGUGGGAGUGUGCCUAGGAGGUGUGCACGAAGGAUCGCUGGGGGUUUGAGUGAGGGGGUUUAUGUUGGGUGUACGACGGAAGGAUGAUGAAUACACGACGAGUGUAUGAGUAGACGUUUUCUCUUCUUUUCUUUCUUGGACUGCGUCCCGAUAAUUUUGUGUUGUAAUGGGUUGGCGUCACAUGAAGCAUUGUAGGACCUGGUUUAGCAUUGCAUAGCGGGUGUUGGUCUGGUUUGGGCAGUGUAGGAUACGAAUGAAGUCAGUGCUGCAGUACUAGUCUUGGAUCGUGACGCUGGCGAUGUUGAAUUUAUUGUCAUCCUGUUUAUUUCGAU